AUGUCGAAUAGCAACUUAUUUCUGAAGUCCGGCUUUGUAAGAGCACCGUUGCAGAACGGAGUUGGCCGAUAUGUGUGUCAAUUGCAAAGAAUUGUUCUUAAAUUCUGUAAAAGUCACGGAGGGAGCCGUGGUCUUAGAGAUUAUAUAGAACAAAAUCUAGUAGACUUUGCAAAAGAGAACCCUGGUAUCGUUGUCUACCUGAAGCCUCGAAGACACCGUAGUGCUGUUGUUGUUGGAGAAUAUUUAAACGGCGAACGAGUUUGGAUGAGCUUACACAACAAAACACACUCGGAAAUAACAAAAUGGAUCGAAGUGCUCCGUACACAGCAUGGGGAUGUGUCGUCCGUACGGCUACGAAAAUUUCAGCACACAGAGUACCCGUCUGUGCAAGGACCAUGGACACCAUUUACCUUUAAGGAUUCGGAAUUGAACGUUGCGAAUUUGCCUGAUGCUAAAUUCGGAGUUAAUAAUCGACUACCCAUAUCGGCGACAGAACAACUAAGAAUUAUGUUUGAGAAACAAAAGUUGUCGGAAAAGGAUGAGCAAGACAUGAAAACUGCGGAAUAACAAUAGUUAAUAAAUAAGCACAGGCCACACCGCGAAAGAAGCUAGCUAACUUAGCUAAGAAAACAAAAAAGAAUUUUCAAAGUCGGUCCACAAUUGACGGAGAAAUCGGAAACAUACAUAAAACUUACAUACAGCCGAACGUAUAACCAACUCCUUUUUUUAAACUCGGUUAAAAAUACGUACUAAUUAGCGACUAUGGAUACUUGCGGGGGUAAACGCGGCAGAAGGGCGACAUAUUUUACAUAGCUAGCCGGAUCGUUGGGUACUUCGGUUAGCUUAGUUUGCGGUGUGAACCGAAGUAUGAAACGAUGCCCCGGCUACGAUAACUAAGCUUGUUAGUUAGCUUCGUUCGCGAAGUGGCCUGCGCAUUAUAUUAGUUCAUAUUAAUU